CUAUCCCGUCUUUCAGCCCAGUCUUCCACCGUAGCAUCCAUCUGCUCCCAGCCCACCGGUACCAUCAGCAGCCAGGCCGAUGCCCAGGCAUACACUCAGUGCGAAACCGUCACUGGCAGCAUCGUGGUCAGCCCAGAAGCUGGUGGCGCCAUUGAUAUCAGCGGUCCCACCAAGGUCAACGGUGACUUGAUCUGCCACAGCGCUGGAAACCUGAUCACCCUCAGCAGCAGCAGUAUCAAGUCCAUCGGGGGCAGCUUCGACCUGUUCAACCUGACCACCCUCUCCACCCUGUCCUUCACCAACUUGACCUCGGCCACCACCAUCCUCUGGAACGCUCUCCCCGCCUUGGGUGAACUGACCUUCCCUCAAUUCAUCUCGCACGCCACCAGCGUAACCAUCGAGAACACCUUCUUGACCACCCUCGAUGGUAUCAACUUGCAGUCCGUUGGCUCCUUGGACAUCAACAACAACCGCCGUCUCUCCAAGUUCAGCACCCAGGUUGGCAGCGUCUCGAACAUCCUCAACAUCGCAUCCAACGGUCAGGAUCUGCAGGUCGAGUUCCCUAACCUCAUGUGGGCCAACAAUGCCACUUUCCGCAAUGUCUCGUCCGUCAGCAUCCCAUCGUUGGCUACCGUGAACGGAUCUCUGAUCUUCGACGAGAACUACUUCGACAGCCUUUCCGCUCCAAACUUGACCACGGUUGGAAACACCGCUACUGGAUUUGGAAGCUUGGCCCUCGUCGCCAACUCUGCGCUCAAGAACAUCACGAUUCCCCACCUCAAGACCGUUGGAGGCGGAAACCAGAUUGCCAACAACACCGCGUUGCAGACCAUCAGCUUCCCAGCCUUGACUACUGUCGGUGGUGCGAUUGACUUCUCUGGAAACUUCUCCACUCCCAACCUCCCUGCCCUGACCAACGUUGCCGGAGGUUUCAAUGUUCAGAGCACCAACGUCAUCGAUUGCACCAAGUUCCAGUCUGAGCACGGCAACAUCAUCCAGGGAACCUUCACCUGCGAUGGAGGCAACCCUAACCCCAAGACUCUUGCCAGCGGCACCGGCACCAGCUCCGGCUCCUCGGCCACCUCGACCGCAUCCGCCACUGCCAGCAAGGGCGCGGCCGUCUCCUACGGUGUCAACGAGGCAGUUGCAGGUCUGUCCAUCGUCGGAGGUCUGUUGCAGAUGUUGCUGUAG